AUGGGUCUAUUUUCACGAAAAGACAAGAACGCCUCUCCUGCUCCGGCAGCGAACCCUUACGCCACCCCACAACCUCAAGCCGACCCUUACGCACAAGAUAACAACAAGUUUGCGAACAUGCCCUCUCAACCCACUCAAUCUCCAUACCAAUCAGCCAGACAACAAUACACUGCUCCAGGGGCUGCAGGUGCCCCUAAUGGUGGUUUGCCAGGUGGUCCUCGGGGUGGAAUGGGUGGCCCUAGUCCUCGAGCUCCAGCUCCAAAUGGUGGUGGAUAUGGGUCUGAGAAAUUCGGAAAUGGUGGUGGAUAUGGCGCAAACAGAUACGAUGGUCCUGCCGCCAACUCAGGAUCAAAAUAUGGUCCAUCUGGUUAUGGUGGUUUAGGACGAACCAACAGUAACGAUACAACUACGACAGAAGACAACAAGAAUGAAUUGUUUGGUGGCGCAAAGGAUAGAUAUGCACAAAAGGCAGCUACUGGUUCUGAGCGACCACCUCCGCCAUAUGGUGCUCAAUCAGAUGCUGGCCCAUCAACUGGAGGUGGAUAUGGUGCAUAUGGAGAAGAAAGACAACUUACUGCCGAAGAAGAGGAAGAAGAAGAUGUUCAAGCGACAAAGGCUCAAAUUAGGGCCAUGAAGCAAGAGGAUGUUUCAUCUACUCGAAACGCAUUGAGAAUCGCGGCCCAAGCUGAAGAAACUGGCCGUGCUACCUUGGCUCGUCUAGGUGCACAAGGAGAACGUAUCCACAAUACCGAGAAGAACUUGGAUCUUGCUGCCAAUCAUAACCGAAUUGCGGAGGAGAAAGCAAAAGAAUUGAAGACUCUUAACAAGAGUAUGUUCGCCGUCCAUGUUUCCAACCCUUUCACAGCAAAGUCAAGAAAGGCUCAACGAGAUGAUGAUAUUAUCAACAAACAUAGAUCAGAACGUGAUCAGCGUGAGGAAACCAGAAAUGCAGCUUUCGCAUCUUCUCAGAGAAUGGAGGCAAACUUCAGAGAUCUUCAGCCAGGAGAUGUGGGAUACCGAGCAACAGCAACCAAGGCCAGUCUUGCUGAGAGGUCUAAAUAUCAAUUCGAAGCAGACUCUGAGGAUGAUGAAAUGGAGAAUGAGAUCGACUCCAACUUGGAUGCUCUUGGUCAUGCUGCUGGAAGAUUGAACUUACUAGCGAAGGCUACUGGUCGUGAAGUCGAUGACCAGAACAGACACAUUGAAAGAAUUAUUGGCAAGAGCGACCGUGUCGACGAUCAAAUCGCUAUGAACAGAGCCAGAUUGGACCGUAUCCAUUAA